GCCCCGCCCUCAGCCCCGCCCUGGACCCCGCCCUCGGGCCGGCCACGGGCGGCAUCAAGCCCUCGACGUCGCCUCGCUUCGCCUCCACCUUCGUGCCGCCCCUGGGCCCCGCCCUCGCCUCCACGCUGCCGCCCGCGCCCGCCGAGUCGCCGCAGAAGGAGCCGUCGUCGCCCACGCUCAUGAACCUGCGCGUCAAGGUGGCUCCGCCCGCGCCCGCCGACGCCAAGGGCCCCGCGCCCGCGCCCGCGCCGCCCAUGGCCGCGCCCGCCGCACCCCAGGCGCCGCCGCCCGUGUUCCCCGGCUUCGGACAGCCGGCGCCCGGCCCCGCGCCCGGCCUGGCCCCCAGCUUCAUGCCCAGCCUCGGGCCCUCCAUGGGCCCCGCCCUCGGCGCCAUGAAGGCCCCCGGCCCGGCCCCGCCCAUGGGGCCAGCCCUGGCCCCGGCCAUGGGCACCCUGGGGCCAAUCAUGUCCCACGGACCCCCGAACCAGGCUCCGGCCCCGCCCCCGGCCCCGCCCCCGGCCCCGCCCCCACGAUGUUCGGCGGCCCCCCGCCUGCCCCCAUGGGCCCCCCGCCUGCCCCCAUGGGCCCCCCGCCUGCCCCCAUGGGCCCCCCGCCGCCCGUGGGCCCCCUGCCCGCCUUCCUGACGGAGGCCGACGACGACGACGUCCUCAUCCCGCUGCUGGACGAGGUGCUGGAGGACAUGCCGCCGCUGGCUCCGGCCGGCGCGGCGCCCAUCGGGGGCCCGCCCGCAGGAGCCCCGCCGGGCCCCGCCGCCCCCAGGGGACCCCCGCC